AUGUCGCUGCGACAACCAGCGACAGGAAACCGGCCACCGGCUGCCCAAAUCGCUGCCAUCCGACUGCUAGCUGACUCUCUCUACGAAGCGACAUGCGGCUCUUUGGCGCUAACGAACCAGGCCCGAAACGAGCUUGGGCUGCUUCUAACUGUCCUGGGAGCAACUGAAACACACGCUUUCUCACUAGGUGCAGAUUUGACCCAUCUGCCAGUCCUCAGGAAAAGAUUACAUGGUUGCCACGAUGUCCUGUCGGACUUGCAGAAGCUACACCUGCACCCAGAUGCAUUGGGAGCUCAGAGCCAGAUCAGCGAUAUCCGGGCGCGAUUAUCUUCUGCGGUCUUUGGUCUUAGUGAGCUCAAUACAAACAUGAUGAUAUCAUCUCAGAAACACAUCAACAAUGCGGUGAAUAGCAUUGCCGAUGAUGCUCGCAUAGGUGUGCUUGAGCCAUCGGUUGUGUCCGAUGCUUUAAGGAGAGAUUCACAAGUCGAGGCGGAUGAAGCGUGGCUAAAACUGCAGGACAGAUUGGCCGAGGCUGGCAUCUCUUCUGAACUGGCAGAUCAGAACCGAGACUCAAUCAUUUUGAACCUCCGAGGGGUAGUUGAGAAAGAUGAACUACUACGUACUACCGAGAAGGCUGCCUCGCUACAUAAGACUCCCGAGAAUACAGAGCCAGCAGCUAAAUCCAAGCAAUCUUCGAGCCUAAAUGACCUGGACGAUGAUGAUCUGCUGGCUGAUGAACCAGAUGGGCUUCCAUUUCUGCCUCUACCCCCAAUUGGAUUCUCAUAUUCAGCCUCAUAUUCAAAUCAAACAAGGUCAUCCUUCAUAAGAGAUCAACCUUUGGCAAUCGAAGAAUUUCCAAUACCAGUCGCAAUGGAAAACGAUCCAGUCGAUACCGCCAAGUGCCUACAGAAAGAAUGCCUACCAGUGGAAAACUUCCCCAUCCCAGUUACGAAGGAAAUUCUCCUAUCAGACCGAAACACACCAGACAACAACCUACCCAUACCCGUGAUAGUAACGAGCACGAAACCCAAGAACGACCUAGAUCCCACAGUCCUCAAAGUUGCACUCCGAACCAAAAAGACCAACCGCCUCAGUCGACUCCGCUGGCAAAUGACCAGUUCCAAAGAAACAUUCAUCAACCACAUCAAACAAGGCCAGAAUGAAAAUGUCCAGCAUCUCCUCUCCAAAGGCGCAGACGUCAACGUUCAAAACGAACUCGGCCAAACAGCUCUUAUGGUCGCCGCCUCGUUCGGCCAUGAGCACAUCACCCGCACCCUACUGGAAUACGGCGCAGAAAUUCAUGCCUGUUGUCAAGCAGGACAGACAGCGCUAAACGUUGCCGCGAUACGAGGGUACGAGCGUGUUGUGCGCAUGCUUGUGGCCUCGGGCGCGAGAGUCGAUGAAGGCAAAGAUAUCGGCAAACUUGCACUUGCACAGGCAGCCGCGUACGGCCAAGAUCGGAUCGUGCAGUUCAUACUUGAUUCUGGGGCGGAUGUGGAUGCUUUUGGGGGGAACGACGAGACGGCGCUGGGGCUUGCUGCUGUUAAUGGUAAUAUGAAGGUUGCGAGGAUGUUGCUUGAUCAUGGAGCGAGGGUUAAUCAUCAGCGGUCGCAUUGGCAGUUGCCGUUGUUUAAGGCUGUGAAGGCGAACUGUGUGGAGAUGGUGAGGCUGCUGGUGCAGCGUGGGGCGGAUCCGACGUUGAAGAAGGGGAAGUUUGAUACUUCGCUGGACUAUGCUAGGAAGACGCAGAGGACGGAGAUAUUGAGGGUUUUUGCCGAUUAUGGGUUUCGGCCAGUUAGCACUGCUCCGUAUCAGUAUUUCUGA